AUGGCUCGAUUCUCUCCUCAACAAAGCCGGCCGGUCCAUGCGACCCCAUUCAUGAGUCACUCUACUGCUCCUUCAGAUGCCAACUAUGAUACCGCAAACCCUUCGUACAUUCGCAAGUACCUGCGCACUUACGGCCUGACUCCUCCUCGCUCCGAGAGCUAUGAAACCCAGAAGACUCGCUGCCUCGCUCAGUUGGGUCUGAAGAACACCGAAAUCGAGAAGUUCCUUUACUUGCAGAACCUGCGCAAGAACAAUGUCCAUCUGUUCUACCGUAUGGUCAACGACCACCUUCGGGAGUUGACUCCCCUCAUUUACACUCCCGUUGUUGGCGAGGCUUGCCAAAGAUGGUCUGAGAUUUACCAAACCCCAGAGGGUAUGUACCUGAGCUGGGAAGAUCGUGGCAACUUGGCCGCAGUUAUCGCCAAUUGGCCCCAGAACAAUGUGGAGAUCACAUGUAUCACUGAUGGAUCUCGUAUCCUCGGAUUGGGUGAUUUGGGUAUUAACGGCAUGGGUAUUCCCAUUGGCAAGUUGGCGCUUUACACGGCCUGUGCGGGUAUUCGUCCCGAGGCUACUUUGCCGCUGACCCUGGAUCUGGGCACCAGUAACAAGACUCUCCGGGAAGACCCGCUGUACAUGGGAUCUCGCCGUGACAAGAUUAGCGCCGAGGAGGAGCGGGAGUUCUUGGAUGAGUUGAUGUCUGCUCUCACCGAGCGCUGGCCUGGUAUUGUCAUUCAGUUUGAGGAUUUCAAGAACCCCUUCCCCGCUUUGGAGCGUUACCGUGAUACCUACACCUGCUUCAACGAUGACAUCCAGGGUACCGGUGCCGUCAUUCUCGGUGGUGUUAUCAACGCUGUCAAGCGCUCUGGUCUUCCUUGCAAGGAGCACCGUGCCGUCUUCUUCGGUGCUGGUAGCGCCGGUGUCGGUGUCGCCAAGCAGAUUGUCGACUUCUUUGUCCGUGAGGGUAUGAGCGAGGAGGAUGCUCGCAACUGCUUCUACCUCGUUGACACCAAGGGUCUCGUCACCGCCGACCGUGGUGACAAGCUCGCUGACCACAAGGUCUACUUCGCCCGCCAGAACAACAACGGCGCUCAAUUCAAGACCCUGGAGGAGGUCAUCGACCACGUCAAGCCCACUAUCCUGAUGGGUCUCUCCACCAUCGGUGGUGUUUUCACCCCCGAGAUCCUCCGCAAGAUGGCUGACUGGAACACCACCCCCAUCGUCUUCCCUCUCUCCAACCCCUCCUCCAAGUCCGAGUGUGACUUCCAGACCGCCGUUGUCAACACUGACGGUCGCUGCCUCUUCGCCUCUGGCUCUCCUUUCCCCAACCACACUUUCACCAACUCCACUGGUGAGACCCGCACUUACUACCCCGGCCAGGGUAACAACAUGUAUGUCUUCCCCGGUAUCGGUCUGGGCAGCAUUCUGUCCAAGGCCGUCCGUGUCACCGACAGCAUGAUCUACGCCUCCGGUGAGGCCAUUUCCAAGGCUCUGACCGCCGAGGAGCUGGAGCGCGGUCUGCUCUACCCCGACAUCACUCGCAUCCGCGAGGUCAGCGUUGUCGUUGCCCGCAACGUCAUCCGCGCUGCUCAGGCCGACGAUGUUGACCGUGAGACUGGUCUGCGCAACAUGAGCGACUCCGAUCUGGACAACUGGAUCAAGUCUCGCAUGUACGAUCCUCACACCGAGGUCCGCUCUCUGGAGCGUGAGGUCGGCCACUUGCUUUCUAGCCUGGGUUCCCUCACCCCCCCUGAUGGGUGGUUCCUCACCUACUGA